CUUGGUCCCCACCGAGCACGGCCCGUGCGUCCCGGGGACAGGGGUGGCUAUGCGGGGCCGCGGCGGUCCGCAGGGCUCCUUCGCCAGCAGGGGUGGGGACGCUGAGUCACGGAUCUGUCACCGCUCUGCACCUCUCGGAACCCUCGGGGGCCAAAGCAAAAGCGAAAGCGACUGCGCCUGGCGGGGCCGCAGGUCCCAGAGCCGCGCUCGCCACCUCCCCCGGGCCUGGGCAGCGUUCGCCGGGGCAGUCCAGCAGGGCCCUGUGGAGUUGCGGCCAUGGCCCCGCGGCGGGCGCGCGGCUGCCGGACCCUCGGCCUCCCGGCGCUGCUGCUGCUGCUGCUGCUCCGGCCGCCAGCGACGCGGGGUUCAAGCAAUUCUCCUGCCUCAGCCUCCCCAGUAGCUGGGAUUACAGGCAUCACGUGCCCUCCCCCAGUGUCCGUGGAACACGCAGACAUCCGGGUCAAGAGCUACAGCUUGUACUCCAGGGAGCGGUACAUUUGUAACUCUGGUUUCAAGCGUAAAGCCGGCACGUCCAGCCUGACUGAGUGCGUGCUGAACAAGGCCACGAACAUCGCCCACUGGACAACCCCCAGUCUCAAAUGCAUUAGAGACCCUCUCCUGGCUCGCCAAAGGCCAGCGCCACCCUUCACAGUAACGACGGCAGGGGUGACCCCACAGCCAGAGAGCCUCUCCCCUUCUGGAAAAGAGCCCGCAGCUUCAUCUCCCAGCUCAAACACCACAGCGGCCACAACAGCAGCUAUUGUCCCGAGCUCCCGGCUGGUGCCUUCCACAUCACCUUCCACAGGAACCACAGAGAUAGGCAGUCAUGAGUCCUCCCACGGCCCCUCUCAGACAACAGCCAAGACCUGGGAACUCACAGCAUCCGCCUCCCACCAGCCGCCAGGUGUGUAUCCACAGGGCCACAGCGUCACCACUGGAAACAAUAAAAGGUGGAGAGCUUGGCAGUGGCUAUCUCCACAUCCACCGUCCUGCUGUGUGGACUGAGCGCUGUGUCUCUCCUGGCAUGCUACAUCAAGUCAAGGCAAACUCCCCCACCGGCCAGCGUUGAAAUGGAAGCCAUGGAGGCUCUGCCGGUGACUGGGGAGACCAGCAGCAGAGAUGAAGACUUGGAAACUGCUCUCACAACCUCUGAAACUUGGGGAAACCAGCCCAGCUACGUCCGGAGUGAAGGAGCCUAUCUGCUUUAGCUAAAGAUGACGGAGAAGAGGUGCAAGGAGGUGGGCUCCAGGAGCAAGCCCACCAGGCCUCUCAGACGUCCCAGCAGGAUCUCACGGACUGCUGCGUUGGCGCUUCCUGCGCGGGGAAGCAGGUUCUCUGCAUUCCCAUGGGCACCACCGGCCUGCCUCGGAUCCAGGGCCCAGUUUCCCUGGAGAGACCAAAGGCUUCUGGGCAAGGUUUUUAUUUUAUUACAGUGUGAACUGUCUGGAAUACUUGUGGUAAUGAAAUAAAAACCCUGCCCCGAACCUUCCGUCCCUCAUCCUGACUUGCAGUUCACAGAGAAAAGUGACAUACCUGAAGCUCUCUGUCAAUUCCAAGGCUUCUCCUGGCAUGGGAGGUGUCUACAGAGAAGACACCAGCAUGGGGGCUUCUAACCACCCUGUCUCCAGCUGCUCUGCACACACAGACAGGGACCCGGGAAAGGUGGGACAGAUGCUGAGCCAAGCGAAUCCUCUCCAUCAAAGGAUUCACAAAGAAGAAAACUCAACUCAGUGCCAUUUUACAUAUAUAUGUGUUUAUAUUUAUACUUCCUUGUCUAUUAUAUCUACACAUUAUAUAUGAUUUGUAUUUUGACAUUGUACCUUGUAUAAACAAAAUAAAAUGUCUAUUUUCAAUAUUUUUAAAAUGCA